GCUAAACUUAAAAGUAUAGGUCAUUUAAAAAUUGCAGGUGACUGAAUUCUGCAUCUUGUGGGAUGUCGAAUCAAGACUACUAAAAUAGGAAUACAUUCAAACACUGAGACGUUCGAUAGCAUUUAUAAAGAUCAAAAGUUGAAUUGUAUUAAUGUGAUGCUAUUCAAAUUCCCGCAUUUAUAGUGUUUGUUUAUAUCAACAAAUUUUGCAAUAGUUCACGUGCAAGGUGACAGAAAACGAAUACAUGUUCCUCACUAUCAAUAUUGUUGCAGUGUUUUCUUUGUUUUGUUCGUUAGUCAUAGGUAAAAAUGUGGUGAAUCUUCUUAUUGCAUCUGGAUUUUUUUUACUGGGUGAGAGAAGAAAGAAACAAUGGACGUAAUAGAAGUACCCAGUGCAACACAGUUGAAACAGAUCAAGAAAGAUUUGGGAGAAGAUGAAGAUCGAAUGAAAAGCCUUGAAAAUGUAUUGUUCCAGUGGAUAGACUCACAGCCACAUAUGUCGAAUGACUAUGAUAAAAAUGUCAUCCGAUACUUUUUACGAGGUUGCAAGCACGAUAUGGAGAAAGCCAAAAAACACCUUGAAUGCCACUUUGCCGCAAGAAGCUUGUAUCCAGAACUCUUUGGUGAUAGAUCUGUGAGCUCGGAAGAAACGCUCAAAGCUUUAGAAAUGGCGUAUUUAGCUCCAUUAUCUAAGUUGAGAGAAAACGGGAAUAGGGUUUCAGUUUUCAAAUUCAAUGAGCCCGAUGCAGCCAACAUCGAUAUGAACGCUAUAUUAAAGACAUUUUUUAUGAUAUAUGACAUCGUAUUCAACUGUCCACAUCCAGUCGUUGCCGAAGAAAUCAUCUUCGACUACAGCGGAUGCACUCCAGGUCAUCUCAUGAAGUUCCUAGCUUGUUCUACAAAGCUGAUAAAAAUCCUAAGGAAGGCUUACGCUAUCAGACUGACCAGUUUGCACUUGGUAAACGCACCGUCAACCAUCGAUCGAGCUAUGACCGUGGUCAAGCCCAUGCUGCAUCCCAAGAUUAGAGAAAGGAUAGUGCUCCACCAGUCUAACGAAAACCUCCACGAUCAUUUCGGAGAUAUUCUUCCUUCAAACUACGGCGGUAAAUCAAUAUCGCUAGAAGAAACGCUUGCCAAAUACAAGAAACUGCUAAAAGAAAAUUCCAAAUGGUUGGAAGAUACCGAUUACAUGAAAAUGAACGGGUCAAUACCUAAGGACUGUCAAGACAACUUGUACUUCAAGGAAAGCUUCGGUGUUGAGGGCAGUUUCAGAAAAUUAGAAUUAGACUGAUGACAGAUCUUAUCGGGCAGUGUGAAGCAAAGUAAUAGUAGAAAGAGAGCAUAACUGAGAUUUUUCAACUGACAGUCAUUUUGGUCAUUCUGAUAUCUUAUAUCAACACAUGUGCAUGUAAAUGCUGCGGAAGCCAUACUUUUUUUAUUGUUAAUCUUUUUUAAACUCUACCCCCAGCCCAACUUUUUACACAUAUCAUUGAGGGUGGUAACACUGGUACUUGAGUUACUUUGUAAGUAUUUUUACUUAAAAUUCACAUAUUUAAACAUCAGAUUAAGAUAGCUCUUUCGUGAGAAUGGGUUUCAUAUAUUUCGUUAAUAUUGUUCCUUGCGAUAUUUACGAAAAUAAGUUCUGUGAGACUUUGUAUAUUAUUGACUGUGUCUAAUAAAAUUUAUACAUCGAG